CGGACAUAGUUCACACAUACACGUUCGCAAAACAGCGUUUUGUUCCGCUAAUGCUCGUGUGCUUGCAGGAAUAAUAGACAGGACAAGUACGUGAGUUAGGUGAUUAGGGAAAAAUUUCAGGUGGGAUUCUGGCCACUUUUUUUUAGUAAACCCCGCGGCUUAACUAAGCCUUGAGAUCCUGUGUUGGCUGCUGUUGCUGUUGUUUAUUCAGGAGUUAUUUUUGUAGUUAGGUACAAGAGACCAGGCAGAGUGGAUCAGGCAGGUGAAACAAAUGAAGAAAGAGGCAAUUUGUGCCCAAAAUUUCUCUUGGUCAAAAGACAACCCGAUCAAGGCUGUUGUCUGACACUCUAUGGAGUUUGACUUGCUCAGUAUUGACUGUUAAAUCCUAAGAAUGAAUAUAUCGAGCAAACCUGGACAUAAGGAGGCCACCCUUUCAUACUGGACUUUAAAAAAAAGACUGCAGUAACAUCAUCUUUAUCAUAUGCCAGCGAAACAAGGGCCAAACAUCUACGGACCCUUCUCUAACAAUACCAUGACAACACAGUUUGGACGAGAGGGCCAGUUCUACCACCCGUUUGCGAUAGGGGUGUCUCGUGAGCAUGUGUACGUGGCAGACAGGGCAGGGAGGGGCCGCGUCCAAUGUUUCACCUUCCAUGGUGAGUUCCAGAGCUGUUUCAACUUGUACUUCAAGAGGGAAGAGGUUGAUGAGACGGUUAACGGAAUUAAUGGACACGAGGAGGAAGAAUCAGAGGAGGAUGGAAUAGAGUCGACUGAUUUGGAGAGUCUGACAUGGAAAACUCUUGAGUUAGAGGUUGAGAGCGGUGCACUGAUUGUUGACGGAAAGGGUAAAGUCAUAUUUGUGGGACGAGGAAAACCUUGUGGAAUGGACGAGUACACCAGCAUGGAAUGCACGCCCGUGAUCUACAUCUACGAUCCUGCCACCGAGCAGACGACGCUCACGCGGAUCACGAGCGAAUCCGGCGUGAUCGUGAGCAAGAUCGAGGACGCGAGGCUUCUACCCAACGGCUGUGUCGCGCUCGCAGAUCAGAACAAGGUCCACCUCUUAGACCCGGCGGGGUCUAUCGUAUCGAGUUUGGACUUGUACCAUCCGGAGGGUUUUCCGGAAACCGCGUCAGAGAUGUGUUCGUGUGGCAACGACACCGGCCAGGGGUCCUUCAUACGCUAUCCUGUACGUUUUGCAGUGUACACGCAAGACAACGCCAUUCUACUACCCGUGUCUAUUACAAAGUACGGCACGAUUAAAGUCCUGGACAGCAGAAAACAGACCGUUUGUUUCCAGUUUGGGUCCCUCGGGCUCGGUGACGGGCAGUUCCAUGGGACUACGAGUUGCAACGGACCCUACAACUACCCCCGCGACGUGUGUGUGGACAUCUGGGGAAGGAUCAUUGUUAGCGACUACGGGAACUGCCGUGUGCACAUGUUUGACCGAGAGGGGAGGUUCAUUAAGCAUGUAGUGACUAAGGAGAGUGGACUGCACACACCCAUAGCAGUCAGAACUUCCCGAGAUGGUAGGGUGGUGGUGCUUAAUGCUGCUCCUCCAUAUGUUCAGAUUUUCUCCUACGAACCAUAGCAAAUGGUGUGGAAAGGAUACAGAACAAAACUUUAGCUGUGGUCAAAGAGAUGAGCUGGUGAAAGUCAACAUGAUCUUGAGCCAGUUUAACUCACUGAAGUCAUUACAGAAGAGACUAAUACAUACAGUAUAUUACAGGCUCAUUUCACUAUAGCUAGCCACUAGCAUUUUUGGCAAGCACCAUGAUAAACAGACAUAACGUCAUGAUUGAAAUCUUUUUCAGUAGUGUGCAUGUCGAGUGUAGACAUACACUUUAACAGCCGGGAUUUGAACCCAUAACCUCUAGGUCCACAGGCAGAGUUGCUAACUUUUCUGCCCUGCAAUUGCUAGCCAAAAACUAAAGUUAAACUCUUUUAUCCUUUUUAGAUCUUGCACUUAGUAAUCUAACC